AUGGAGCUUCGUAAAAGGGGUCUACAGGGAGGAAAACCUAAUUUGGUCAUCAAGCAAGAUGCCAUGCCUGAUGGGGACAUGCCACACCAAGCCAACACCCAAACAGGGGGCAGAAAGGAAACAUUCGAGUUUGGUAAUUGUUCCGGUUCACGCUCUCCAACACGCCGGCCCUGGCAACAAAGCGUUUCCAUGGCGCCCGGGCUGCUAUUGGCCGGGCUGCUGGCACUAACUCAGGCCUGGAGCGUUAACACAAUUCACGAAAAUCUUCUGUGGUUCUCCCAGCUCACGGAAGUGGAGCGAGAGAUUUCUUUUCGGACCGAGUGUGGGCUCUACUAUUCGUACUACAAGCAAAUGUUACAGGCACCAUCCAUAAGUGAAGGGCUCUCUGAGUUGAUCCAUGACAACUUGACAGAAUCCAAGCGGACCAUUAAUCUCCUCCAGCGAAUGAAUAUCUACCAAGAAGUCUUUCUCAGUGUGCUCUACAGACUUCUCCCCAUAAAGUCAUAUCUGGAGCCGGUUUACUUCUACAUCUACACAGUCUUCUCGCUGCAGGCUGUGUACGUCAUGGCUCUGUACCUCACAGCGUGGCUCCUCUCUGGGUCGUGGAUGGCUGGCGUGCUCACCGGGGUCUGGUACAUCCUCAACAGGAUAGAUACGACUCGUGUGGAGUUCACCAUCUCCCUUCGUGAGAACUGGUCUCUGCCUUUCUUUGCGCUCCAAGUGGCUUCUAUCACAUGUUUUCUGAGGCCUCAGCUCUCCGCCCUACAGCAGAAGGUGAUGGUGUGGCUAAUGUACGUGACCACAUUUUGUUUCUGCUUGACGUGGCAAUUCAAUCAGUUCAUCCUACUUGUUCAAGCGCUCAUCAUUUAUACUCUGGACUGCACGGACUUCCUCACAACCCAACAGGUGACUACUUUAUACCUCGUCCAAGUGUGUGGCCUUCUGAGUGUGUGGCUUCUGCAGUUCUGCAACGCCAUGAUACUUGGAUCUCUGGUCUUGAGCUUUAUCGUCUCCGCACUCUUCAUCAGACAUUUCCAGUCCGGUCUGAAAACAGGAGGCUUUGUUCUCCGCGUGGGAAAGCUGUUUUUUCACACCGCUAUGGUCCUGCUUCUCACCUUCAGCAUCAACUACCUAGCCAAGAAAGCCCUCCAGCUCAAGUCAGAUGAGCACAUCUUCAAAUUCAUCAAGUCAAAAUUAGGCCUCGAAGUGACUAGAGAUUUUGAUGCUGGGCUGUAUUUGUGUGAAGAAGCGUUUGGAGUCCUGCCCCUGGACACGCUGGAGCGUCUGUCUGGGACCCUGCUGCUCUACCCUUAUGCCCUCACACUGCUGCUGCUCAUGGGGGUCUUCACAGUGACCGCGGUGCACAACCUCAGCUCGCCAAAAGGAGCGCUAGGCGAGGAGUCAAGGAGAGCCUUCCGACCAGACCUGGCGUACAACCUUUUGCAUACGGUGUUUUUCGGCCUCCUCGCCUUCAGCACCAUGAGGAUGAAGUACAUCUGGACAGGUCACAUGUGUGCGGUGGCGGCCUUUGGUGUGUGCGGGACGGAGAUUUGGACUCUCAUCUUCAACACACUUCGAUGCAACAGUAAAUUUCUGUUAAGGCUUGUGACAUAUGCAGUUCCACUCGUGAUGAUGGGUUGGCUGUAUUAUAAGUUCUGGCCCAAACUAAUGCAGGAAGUUUCCGAACUGAGAGAAUUUUACGAUCCGGACACCGUGGAGCUCAUGACCUGGAUAAGCUCAAAGACUCCACGUCGGGCUGUGUUUGCCGGGAGUAUGCAGUUACUGGCGGGCAUCAAGCUGUGCACAGGCAGAGUGCUCACCAACCACCCCCAUUAUGAAGAUAAAGACCUGCGGGAGAGGACAAGACAGAGCAGCAGUCACGUGGGACAGUGUGGAGCCACUGGUGGGACAGGAGAGCAGCCGAUGUAG